AUGAAGUUUCUCCUCCUCCUCCUCCUCACCACCCUCACCACCGCCGCCGUCCUCCGCCCCCACAACACCACCGCCACCACCCUCACGCCCUUCACCUUCCUCGGCCGCUGCACCAUCCCCGCAGGCCACCUCCACCCCACCCUCGAAGAACUCGGCGGGCUCACGCCGCACAGCGCCAAGAAGUGCCAGGGCGCCAGCAACAGCCCCGGCGCGGCCGACGUGGCAGCGCUCAGCGUCUCGAUCACAAAGCGGCGGGCGUGCUGCGUCAAGAAGCACGGCGCGGCCAAGUGCAGCACGCUGCGCAGGGUGGGCAAUGCGGAGGCUGUCAUCUGUGGUGAGGCGGGCUGGUGCCAUCCGUGUGGGAUGGUGGCGGUGCUGGUGGCGGAUAUUGCGAGGAGCUGUAGGUGGGGGGAGGGUGGGGAGGUGUUGGCGGCUGGGACGUGGAAUGUGAAGGUGGGCGGGAGGGGGAGUGUUACGGUGUUUGGAAUGUAG